AUGACACCUCCCGCCAAUGGUUCGUCGAAGACUGCGACUAUCACAGUCGCUAGUACUAAACUCGAAGGAGUUCGCAAGUCCGUCCCUCCUGCACCUCAAGAACGAAAAAGCGGCGCUGUGUACUUCUGGGCUAUCGCCGGCCUCGCGCAGCUUGCACUCUGGACAAACAACUGGGUUCGAUGGGUCCCAUCGGCCGAAUUCAAGAGACCUGACCCUGGCCCGGACCCGUACCCGUACAUGUACGUUCUGCGUGGCACCGAAGCCCUUAACGUCUUCCUGUUUCUGUUCAUCGGACACUACACCGUCGUCAAGCCGUGGGCCAAGAAUGGCUACCCUAGUCUCGAUGGCAAGCUCUUCAUUGGCGGCUUCUUCGCAUCGACCCUCGAUAUUAUGUUCGCCUGGUUCAACCCGACCUGGGCCAUGAACGCCUAUGGCGUCGCCAUGGGUUCUUGGGCCAACAAGAUUCCCGGCUUCCCCGCGCCGGGCGCGAGCCAGGUCCCCUGGGGUCUGCUCUGGUGCCUACCAGCAUACAUCUGGCUAGGCGUCGGGGCCGCCAUCUUUGGAUGUGCCAUUCUCGACCGCCUGCGCGCCGCGUUCCCGACCAUGUCCACGGCCACGAUGUACGUUUUUGUCGACGGCGUCUACAUUGCCAUCUUCACAUGUCUGGCCAUGUUCUGGAACCGCACGCAGGUGUAUACGUAUGUCUCCCUGCCCAAGGCCCUGACCCUGUGGUAUGGCGAGACCUACCAGCUCCCUAUGUAUGAGCCCGUCCUCAUUGGGAUGUACUGCUGGGGCUUCACCUGGGUUCGCGACGGCAGGGACGCACGCGGCCGUUGCCCCCUAGACCGUGAGCUCCCGGCCCCGGACCGCAACCAACUGCGGACCGAGAUGCUCUCGACGGUGGCCAUCAUUGGCUGGGCCGCUGCAGUCACAAUCAUCGCAUACAUGGUUCCGUUCUCGUGGCUGGCCAUGAUGGGCGACAGCGUCCCGGAACUGCCCUCCUACCUCCAGUCUGGCAUUUACUGCGGCCAGCCCGGCGGCCCGCUCUGCCCUGGGCAGUAUCUGGCAAAGCUGAGGAUGGAGCUCCCUUGA